CCACUCACCACUCUCUGCUCUCUAAGCUGUUCGGAUAUCGAGCUCCGCUCUCUGCUCCACUCUCCGCCUGAAUCUACGCUGUUCCUGGGGCUUGUUUGAAAGUAACUCGAAACCUUUUAAAUGGCUGACUCCCCCCUGAACAACUCCUGGCCGUCCUUUUCUAAGUUCUGGAUGAAGAGAUGGUCAUUUAAGAAAGAAUGCAAGCAGUUCCCCCACUCAUUCCCCCAGGUUCCGGAGAGCUCGCCCCCGGCUCGGACAAAAUCCGAAUCGCGGUCCAACUCGCUGAAUGAGGUGGAGGAGAUGUACUUCCACAGGAUGGCAGAGGACAAGGAUGAUGCCUUCCUGGAUUACGAUGACUCAGCGACAGACGCCACGAGCAGCACCGAGGACAUUCCCUUCCUGGAGUCAUCGGCCUCCUUUGGAGAGCUCCGCCUUUCCCCCUGCCCGGCGGCCAGCAGUUCGGAGGACAUCGCCGGAGCGGAGAGGAGCUCGGCCUGCCUCUCGCAACCCGUCGUCACCGGUAAGAAGAGUAAGAUGUUACCCCGACUAGCAGCAGUUGCCGGGCCUUCGCGGCAAGCGGCGGCCACGAACGAUCGCUCGCUGGGCCAGGAGGGCGGCGGAUGCACGCCCAGCCGCGGACACGGGGAGGAUGAGCAGAACAACGCGUCCGACACCGAGAAUGCGAUGGACAGCGAAGAUCUGGAUUCAUUCCCUUUGCUCAUCAGGUCCAUGUCCACCUCCAGGAGGCACAGCUGGGAGGGACCUUUAUCUCCGUCACUGCCUGGAGAUGCAAGGAGAAGGCUCAGCCUCGAUCUGCUGGGGAUCGACAGCGACGGUGAGGGUGACGGAGAGGAGGAAGAUCAGCUGGAGACCUCCCAGGACGCCUCCGCCUACGACUUGGUGCCAUCCCACAUCGCCGGGACCAACGGCAGAGAGGACACCAGGCAGGCGACUGGAAUUCAAGCGGGGACCAGCUUCACCUUGCCUGAGCAGGAGAUGCAGAGAACAGAAAUGAGGCCUCGGCUGAAUGCCAGCACUUCCUAUUCCUCCAUGGGGAUUCAACAUCGCGCUUCCCGGAACAUGGCUGCACCCCAGUGUAGAGAAACAGAAUCCGAAACGUCCCCAGAGAAUCAAGAGGAGAAAGAAAAUCUGAAGCCUGACCACUUGUUGGUUCAACAAGUGCUGCAAGAACUGAAGGCCUAUCAUGGUGCAAGAACAUCGGCGGGAUCUGUACAGAUGCGCCCCCCUGCCUCCUCACACGAUCUCACUUGGAUGGAAUUCCUUGCCGAAAAAGAGGACGGUGACAAAACCGAUCGACCCGAGAAAGGAACAAAAGUGAAAAGAACAUUAAGUUCCCUCAAGAACAGGGUGACUGGCUCCUUCAAAGAUAAGGGUAAGACCAAAGAGAAAGAAAAGGAAAGUCCAAAAGAAAAGAGAAAGUGUAACAAUGGCCACGAGUUAGUGCCUGGAACCUUUUCCAGCUUCACCAACUGCACACUGUGCAGCAAAGCGCUGAGCAGUAAAACCGGUUAUCAGUGUGUGAACUGUGCUGUGAAUGUACACAAAAACUGCAGGAACCUUCUAGCUGAAUGCAGUACUUCCAAGAGCAAGCUAAAGGACUCCCAGCAGAAACUUACAGGAAAUCCACAGAGCACAACCCAACAAGCAUCUUCAGCGAGGGAGCAACCACCACGGUGUGCACAACUGGUUGCGGAUGGCACGCCCGGUGGAGUGCGGAAUAUCGGCAUGACCAUUCCACCAAGACGACCUUCCCAACCUUCUUCGUUUAGUGUCAACAGCGUCAGCAAAGACGGAGUAACUGCAGGGGAGAUGGAGCAGGAGGUGGAGAAUGGAAUCCCAAGAGGAAAACCAUGGACUGAGGAAACUCCAAGCCUGGUUUCAUCAUCUGCUGAAUCGCUUGUGGCAGAAGACACCAUUUACGCUUCACUGAAGGCAGAGUUGGAGGUAGAUGGCCAGGAGUUUGAGGCUGAAUCAUGGAGUCUUGCAGUGGACCAGGCUUACGCAAAGAAACAGACCAAGGAAGUCAUCAAAAGGCAGGAUGUUAUAUACGAGCUCAUGCAAACAGAGAUGCAUCAUGUCAGAACGCUGAAAAUUAUGCUGCAUGUAUAUUGCCGGGGGAUGGAGGAGGAGCUUCAGUUAAGUGACCAGCACACUGUGAACAGAAUCUUUCCCUGCUUGCGCCGGCUACUUGAAAUCCACAAAACCUUCUUCUCCCGCUUGAAGGAACGGCGGAAAAGUUGCUUGGAAGAAGGGAGUGAACGGAAUUACCUCAUCCAGAAAAUUGGAGAUGUCCUCACACAACAGUUCUCAGGUGAAUGUGGAGAUGAAAUGAAGGUGCAGUACGGGGACUUCUGUGGCCAGCACCAUGAGGCGGUGACCUAUUACAAAUUGAUGUACCAGCAGAACAAGAAGUUUCAGAACCUGAUCAAGAAAUUAAGUAACUAUUCUGUGGUGAGGCGCCUCGGAGUGCAGGAGUGCAUUUUACUGGUCACUCAGCGCAUUACAAAAUACCCUGUCUUAGUGGAGAGAAUUAUUCAGAAUACUGAAGCUGGCUCAGAGGAUCACGAAGAGCUGCCGAAGGCAUUGGUGCUAAUAAAGGACACAAUAACAGACGUGGACGACAGAGUGAGCUUGUGUGAGAAAGCUCGGCGCUGGAAGGAGAUUGUCAAUAGGAUGGAUAUCAAGUCGACGGCCAAGCUGAAGAAUGGAAGCACAUUCCAUAAAAUGAACAUGCUGCGAACAAAGAGGAAACUCCUGUACGAAGGCGUUGUGUGCUGGAAGGCUGCGUCUGGGCGGCUAAAAGAUAUUCUGGCUCUCCUUUUAACAGAUGUGAUUCUGCUACUUCAAGAAAAGGACCAGAAGUAUUUGUUUGCUACUGUGGACCAGAAGCCAGCUGGCAUCUCGCUGCACAAGCUGAUUGUCAGGGAAGUGGCCAACGAGGAGAAGGGAAUGUUCCUCAUCAGUGCUUCAGACGAGGGCCCCGAGAUGUACGAAAUCCACACAAAUUCCAAGGAGGAGCGAAAUACUUGGAUGGCCGUUAUUCGUGAUGCUAUAUGCAGGUACCCAAUUGAAGAGGCCGCAAACCUUGGUGAGCAAGAGGAGGAAUGGCGACAGGAUGAGGGACGAGCUGCUCGAAUCAAAGAACUUCAACAGCAUCUGAGCACGAAGGACGAUGUGCUCAGGAGGACCCUGACCGAGAAGUUGGACAUUUACAAUGAAAUAGCGGAAGUCAAUGGUUACCUGGACACGGGAAGGCAAUGUGCACUGCUUCGAUCUGACACCGUGGAGUCCCAGCGGGGAGAUAUUGUGUUCACCGAGGUGUUGAAAGAAGUUGAAAAGCUUCAGAGCUUUAUUGCCUGUCAACCCUACAACAUACACUGGCAGUUAGAAGACAGCCUGGGGUCCUCGGGGUUGCCACGCAGAGCAGAGACUUUUGGAGGCUACGACAGCAGUUCAGCUAAUCUAAUCAAAGAGGGCUCCAUCAAGAAAAAGUCGAACACGUUGUCUUCCAGCAGUGAGCUGAAGGAGAAAUCUGGAUCUCGGGCAAGUUCGGAUCCCCAGCUGCAGGAGUAUGAGAGUGGACAAAUGAGUGAUCUAGCUUGGUGGUGUAGCAGUAGUAACAGCAGUUUGAUGUGUGAUACAGAGCUGGUCCAGAGUGUGCAGAGACUGACACAUCUGCUUUACAAGCUGAAGGUAAUGAUUGCCCAGCAGGACAGCUACAUUGAGAUGCAGCGGAGUAUGGGUGCGAGCUGGGAGCGGGACAGGCAGUGCCGACCCGCAGGCCCGCGGGGCGGCCAGCUUCUGGAGCAAGAGAAGCAGCGGAACUUCGAGAAGCAGCGCGAGGAGCGGGCAAACGUUCAGAAGCUGCAGAACCAGGUGCGGCUGGAGCAGCAGAAGUGGGAGCGGGACCGUGAUCGGCAGCAGCGGGAGCUGGACCUCCAGAACGCGCGGCUCCUCGGCUCCGAGGACGAGCUCCAGAAGCAGAUGAAGCAGCUGGCUCAGGAGAAGGAGGAGCUGGAGUCCCAACGGCGCAAUUACCAGCAGGAUCUGGAGCGUCUGCGAGAGUCCCAGCGAACGGUCGAGAGAGAGAGGGAGCGCCUGGAACAGCAACAGCGCAAACACCUGAAGCAGAGCUCAGUCGUGUUUUCAUCUGAAGCUGCACAGAUUCCAGGCUUCAUUCAUGCCCACAGCCUUGAUGGAGAGAGAGCUGAAAUGAGCCUCCUACCGCAGAGCGAGCCAGGACUGGCCCAGCAUGGCACCAAGGACCUGGGGCAGUCAAGCACGUUGAUGGAGCACUCCGAGCGAGCUGCUGAAGUCCAUCUUCAGAGGGAGAACAGCAACACCUCCAUGUUUACUCGCACGCCUGAUAUCCGGCAAUCCCUCAUUACGAAACCCCAUGUGCCCAUUCAUCUCGUGAGCACCACCAAUGAAAGUCUGAAGCACACUGGAGUACAACAGAAGAUCCCGACUAAACUUGCCACCUUAAAAGGGGGGAAAGAGAAGGGUGGAAAAGCCAAGGACCGACAAUCCAUUGCUGGAAUGCCCUCUUCAUCGAUGCUUUCCUCAUCAGGGUCAGUCGCUGCGGACUUGAGACAAAACCCGACAAGGUUUUUCGGAAAAGAUGAUGGGGUGCUGAGAAGCCGGAGGUCUUCAAGCCCGGUGAUAGCAAGCAUCCAAGUUCUCUCCCAUCAAGAGUCUGUGGCUCCGAUGGACAUCCAGCCCGAGCCGCAGCCCAUGACAGUGAGCGCUCCAAUGCCAAGUGGAAUGUCCCAGCUCCAGGGCACGCCCGUCACCGCCGUGACAAAACAGACGGACGAUUCUGGCAACCAGAUCAUCUUCUUCUGAACCGUGAGGUGCACAGUCGAAAGUGCUCGCAGUCUCCGGAGAUGGAGAUGGAGCAGGACCCGGGAAAAUCCCAAAACAAGGGUUGUGGGGUGAAGGGGGAGGGAAGGGAAGGAGAUAUAUCAGCAGCGAUCGCAAGAGCAGCCACUGCCGGAAGCAUGCCGACAGUGUCCCGCGCUGACCCGACCAAAACCUCCGCGGGAUCACUGUGGCUCCAGGACCCAACCGCCUGCUGAACACUGCGACACAACUUGCCAUUGUGAUGACUGGCAGCAGGCCCACGGUUGACCCAUUGUACAACCUGCUGUUAAUAAACUUGUACACGCCCUUGCACCUAUUAUCAGGAGAUCGACAGUUUACUUGGAAGGCUGCUUAAAAUUCCAAGCCUCCCUUCCUGGGUCACGGUGCAAAUCCUGGUUGGACGCUGAGGUUAUGGGAUA